AUGGACGCUUUCAGGUUGUUGACUCGGUCAACGAAGCUCAAGCCGACCCCGCCGGCUACAGAGUCUGCUGCCCAGCAACAAGAAAAGAAGAGAGCACCUGUAGCAAAUGAUGAAGAAGCAGAUGAUGCCCCUGAACUGGAUUUUUUCAACUCGAACAAACGUUCUGCGCCGGCUGCGACGGAAACAUCUACCGUCAAGCUCGACCAGCAGCAUGCAUCAGCUCAGGACGAUGGAUCAGAUGAUGAGGAAGCUAUGGAUGAAGUCCAGCGUCGGACUAUUCUGAACUCUCAUAAGAUCAAGGUCACCGAUCUCCGCGAUCUGGACGAGAUUCAGCCUCAGUCUGCACCUGCAAAGGACUCUAAGAAGAAAAAGAAGAAGUCUAAACAGGAAGAAGCUCCCAUUCUCAGCAAGAAGGAGAUGAAGCGUGCUCGCCGUCUGUAUCCACAGCCGUUACUUUCGUUCAAGGAACUACGUUCAAAGUACAAAAUUUCGAGCCGUCUCGCCGCGAAUGUCGCCGAGCAGGGAUUUACUGUGCCCACGGAGGUGCAGUUAGGAACUCUCCCUAUUAUGCUUGGUGGCUCUUCAGUCGCCACUGAAAACCAAGCGGAGCCAGACCUCUUGGUCGUCGCUCCCACCGGUAGCGGAAAGACGUUAUCUUUUUUGAUUCCCGCCAUUAACAAGAUUGUUCGCCAUCAUCACACCAACCCCGAUGAGCAUGGGAUUUCAGCUGUGGUUGUGGCGCCUACAAAAGAGCUUGCCAGCCAAAUUGUGAAUGAAGGUCGGAAAUUGGUGGCUGGCACUGGAGUGAAGAUUACUCUCAUGAAGAAGGGUAUGCGCGUGGUGGAGCAAGAGGAGGAAGGCGAUGCGAAUGUCCUUGAUGAAGACAGCGAGGCAUCUGACGAAUCGGAACAAGAAGAGCAGAGCAUACCCAAGAAGGCUGAGAACAAAUCACCUCUUACCAAGAGUGACAUCCUGGUUACUACUCCUCUCCAGCUUGUCAAUUCCUUGAACGCAAAUCAGACGAAGCCCUUGGGCAAACUGCCGUUAGUACGAAGCCUGGUGCUGGACGAGGCAGAUGUUCUCAUGGAUCCAUUGUUCCGGGACCAGACACUCGAUAUCUGGCGCUCAUGCGUGCAUCCAGACUUGCGCGUCAGCCUGUGGUCCGCCACCAUGGGAUCCAACAUCGAAGAUCUCACUCGCUCUACGAUCAAAGAGCGCCUGGAAAGUCUCGGCCAUCAGAGCGACAAGCUCCACCCCCUGGUUCGCCUUGUUGUCGGUCUCAAGGACUCGGCCGUUCCCAACAUCGACCACCGUCUCGUCUACGCAGCAACUGAACAAGGUAAGCUGCUCGGUCUUCGACAGCUCCUUCGCCCCACCGCAGCUGCAGCAAACGAUAUACGCCUUCGCCCCCCCAUUCCUCAUCUUCACACAAACCAUUCCCCGCGCAAUUGCCCUGCACUCGGAAUUGAAAUACGACAUCCCUGCUGA